CUCACAAUGUCACGAAGGACACUCGCGCUCUUCGGGGGUGCGUUGGUGGCGCGACUUGUGCUGCUGCUAUAUGGAUACUUCCAAGAUCAUUACAUGGCUGUCAAGUACACGGAUGUGGACUAUGACGUGUACUCUGACGCUGCACGGGAGAUGGCGGAGGGUAAGUCGCCUUUCGAGCGCACCACGUACCGCUACACGCCUGUGCUAGCAUUUUUGCUACUGCCGAACAUUUACGUACAUGAAGUGUUCGGGAAGCUGUUGUUCGUGGGUUGCGACAUACUGGUCGGAUACAUUUUGUACCAGAUUUUGAGACUGAGAGGACUGCCUGAUGCAAGUGCUGUCAAUUAUUGUUGUGUGUGGUUGUUUCACCCAUUCUCGGUGAAUAUUUCGACGCGGGGCAAUGCAGAUGCGAUAGUUGUGCUACUGGUAAUGUUGUCACUGCUAUUGGUGAUGCGGAAGCAGCUCGUGCUGUCUGCGUUAGCAUAUGGCGCCGCUGUACAUUUCAAGAUCUACCCUAUUAUCUACGCGUUGGCUUUCCUUGUGUUUCUCAACGGAAACUUUAGUGCUACAAACGCCAAUUGGAUAUCCUCGUCCAAUUCCUUGUGGGCCCAGUUUGCUGGACUGCUCAAUCGAGAUCGCCUGGCCUUCGGUCUUGUGAGUGGAGGGCUCUUCAUCUUUCUUGCUGCUGGCUGCUACUAUCUCUAUGGCUUUCAAUUCCUGUACGAGGCGUACCUUUACCACUUCACGCGCACAGACAACCGCCACAACUUCUCAGUGUACUUCUACGAUCUCUACCUUCGAUACAACACUCCGUCUGGGUUCGGUGUUGGGCUCCUAGCGUUUUUGCCUCAGCUUACGUCUCUCGUUGCCAUUUCAUUUGCCUAUGGCCGUGACCUCCCCUUCGCGUUGUUUGCGUUGACAAUGGUGUUCGUCAUUUUCAACAAAGUGUGCACGGCGCAGGUGCGUAACACCAUCCUACCUUUUCGAACGUAAGCUAACUCUUUUUAUUUGACCCAGUACUUCUUGUGGUACACUGCGUUCCUGCCACUUAUCUUCCCACUGACAAAUUUGAAACUAAAAUGGAAGGGCCUUGCGAUGAUCCUUGCGUGGCUAGGAGGAGAGCUCCACUGGUUGUACUGGGCCUAUCAUCUGGAGAUGCAAGGCGUCAACACUUUCUUCCCAUUGUGGCUUGCUGGCCUUGGCUUCUUCUCUGUGAACGUCUUGAUCCUUGCCACUUUAAUGCAGCAUUAUUCGUUCACGCCGCUAUUUCGUAGAGGCCACGUUCUUCAGCUAGUGCCAAAUGCCCGAGCAAAAGACGAGUAAAUCGAACAGAUCAUUUUUUUUCUUGCAACAGUAAAUUUAACUUAUCACUAAAAUGGUUUUCACUCAACCUACGCUUUCCGCA